AUGCUUAAGCGAAAGAGCAGUGCCUUCUUGGCUCAGUUGGCAGAGCGUCUGCCUAUCUUGAUCAACUUGCCUUUGGAAGGAAUCAAGAUGCUUCCUUUGAAUUUGGCAAUAUUAGUAAAAGCUAGUGAAUGGGAAAAGUGUCUGGAGCGAAUCAAUGUCUUAUGCUCAACAAAAUGGAAUAAAAAGCAUAAAUAUUCUGGAAAAGGUUUAGUUUUUGGAGAGACUAAAAAAUGCCACUGUGCUGGCCAAUAUAUAACAAACCGCCAAUUACGUCUUGCCCAGAAAGAUACGAAGGCAUGCUCUUGUACAGCUGCCUUAAAAAUCAUACAGCAUCUCAACAACCCCAAUGUUGUUACAUUUUGCCAAACAAGGGCACAUGUAAACCAUGUUCCUGGAGACUGGGACGAAGUCAGAACUCUUCCUUUGCCUUCUGAAGCCAUAAAGAUUAUUGAAGAUCAGUUGAAAAGUGGCAGCAGCUGUAGAAGUACAAGAAUUUCAGUUCUUAGACAGAUUGAUAGUUGGGGAGUUGGCGUUAGAAAGCCUAAUUAUGAAGAAAUUUACAACAGAAUGAGAAAGAUGACUACUUUGUUAUAUAUGUUUGCUUCUGAUGAAAAUGCAUUUAUUUCCAUCUGGUUAAAUGUAAAGCUAGCAGAACAAAACUAUUGCAUUUUUGAAAUCAAUCUUUCUGUUUAUAAUGACGGUAAAAAACAAUUUGCCUUUGGAUUUCAAUUACCAAUGCAAGUUUCAAUCAUGAGAAUCUCGCAAUCUUUUUGUCUCGAUACCGCCCAUUCCAUUUCGUCCAGAAGCGACGAAGUAUUAUAUACUUUGGUCACUCGCCAUUCUCAAACAGGAAAGGGAUUCCUUGUUGCAUACAUGGUGACAAACAACCAGACAGCCAUACCCAUCAAACUUUGGCUUGACCACCUUCGCAUUAAGAGCAGCUUUGUACCAAUAAAUAUCACCAUUGACUGUAGCAUUAUGGAGGUUAAUGCAAUCAAAGAACACAACCUUGACAACAAGAUUAAACUUAAUGCCUCUUAUACAUCAGAACAACUUGGGAAUUAUAAGACUGCACUGAAGAACUAUCUGAGACACAUUCUUAUUGAGUCCAACGAAGACAUGUUCCUAAGAGCAAUUGAAGAUUUUAAACGGAUAGUUCAGGAGCAACCUCAGUUUUUGAAAUAUUUUGAGAAGAAAUGGACCGAGAACGAAGAAUUGUUACAAAGAUGGAGGUGCCCGUACAUUAGCCAACAACAUCAGAGAUAUGUAACAAACAACUAUGUAGAAUCAUGGCACAAUCAACUCAAAACAAUCUACUUUGGUCGUACACGCAUCAGAAGAUUGGAUCGACUGAUUUUUAUCUUGACAAAUGAUGUGGAGUUCUAUUUUGAACAAGAGGUUGAGCGUAUUCACUUCAACAAUGGUAAGAUGGGUCCCAUUGAUAAUGAGUUAGCAAGAAAUUCUUUUGUUGCUUCAAAAAUCCAAAAUGACAUGCUCCCUUCCAUGAUUCUCAACCCUUUGGGUGAGACUGGUAACAGCAUGGAUGAUUAUAAUGAUGAGUGGCAAAUAAGAUCUUUUGUAACAGAAGAUAAGUGGUAUACUGUCAAUAUAUCAAAUGACUUGAUACAAAGCUGCACCUGUCUGAACUUUCUGACCUGCCAGAUCCCAUGCAAGCAUUCACAUUUGUUGAAGCAUUACUGUGAGGCAAAAUUCAGCUUCAUCGAGCAACGGGAGAUAGCAGGAGUGGUAUUGAACCAACAAGACGCUGUAAAUGCAAACGAGAACGAAGUUGAGAAAGAAGUAGAGCAGGAAUUAGAGAGUGGAGGUACUGCUGAAGAUAGAGGUGUAUAUGUCUUUGACGAAAUUGCAGCUUAUUCUGCAACAAUGCAUCACAGCUUUGAAGAUCUUCAAACUUUGAAGACAAUUCCUGGCUUAGAUCAAAUAAAGACAGAUCUUAUAAAAAAAGUACUCGCAAAUGCUGUGAGGUUGAUAGAUGAAUAUAGAAGUGAGAACCCUUCAUAUUUUAGAAACUUGAAUACUCAGAGAUAA